CUCCGAAGUCCAAACCCACUAACUCACAUCAUCCCGGAACUCGUCCGCAGGAUGAAGGAUUCGAGAUCUCCAACCCUUAAUUUCUAAUCCUCAGUCAGAUGGACCGAUUUUACUUCUCGUUCAUCUGAUUGAGUCACUGCGCUGUUUACUACGUCACCAGCUUCUAGUCUUACUGUACUCCGCGCGUUUUAGGUCUUGUUUUAGCACUGGCGGCCUGCACGGCCCAUGGGGCGGGAAUAAUGGGGAUUCGGACCGAUGGAGUUCCUCUGGUUCACGGCGGCUUGGUACCUUUAAAUAUAGGGAUAUGUACAACCUCUAAGUCUUAAUCUACCAAAUAGAAUCUCUUUCAACCAGUCAGACCCAGCCAUCAUCCAAACUUCCCGCAGCUCUUAGACGUGGCUUCUACUCUGUACUUCUACUUCUCCUACUGAACUUGCCAGCAAGAAAGCCAGCCUAGGGAUUUGUGUCACAGUCUGAUACAUCAUGGGCAUCUGGGUCGUGGGUGCAAUCGCCCUCCAGAUACUGGGUGCAACCGCACUCCAGCUAGCGAGCUUAGGAAGCUCAUUCGCUGCCGGACCAGGACUUCCAGAGGGAGGGAACUACGCUCAUAUCUUCGCCAGCCGACUUGCCGCCAACCUGACCGACCUGAGCGUGUCUGGCUCGACCCUCCUCAAUAUCAACUCGCAAAUCGCGGGAAUCCCCGGGGAUGCCGAUCUCAUCACCGUGACAUCCGGCGGAAACGACUUGGGAUACGUCGGCGGGCUGACAAAGGACAGCGAUGGAGGCCAUGCUGCGGAUCCGUCCAUUUCAGAGCAAACGCUCGUAAAUCGAUUCAACAGUGCGCUGACCCAAAUCCACACCCAAGCACCGAGUGCUAAGAUAUACUUGGUCGAAUACCUCACGAUCCUUGGUCCGGAUGUAACGCCACUGUCUAAGGACGUACCAUUCAACGCAGAGCGAGUGGAGCACCAUCGCGGCGUGGCAGCGACCCUGCAGAGGGCUACCGCGCAGGCUGCUGAAGGAAAAGCCUGGGUAGAAAGGAUCCCGGUGGCGCAGGCAAGCCAGAGAAAUGGAGUUGGAAGUGCAAUUCCCUGGAUCAAUGGAAACCCAGGGUCGACGACGAACGGUGCAGCGUGGCAUCCCACUGCGGCGGGCAUGAAUGCUGUUGCCAACAUGCUCUAUGAGAAGGCCCGUCAGAGGCCGGAAUAGCAAACAGGGACCGGCGUAGUCGCAGGGACCGGCGCGAUUGCUAUGGCACAGCGCACUGGAUGGAUUGUUUUGCUCUGCUUUGUUUUCAUUUGAUUAAGCUCAUGUUAGACACAAGGAGUUGGGAAGCCGCGCGUCAUCAGUGGAUGGAUGGAGCUCUUUGGAAAGGAAGAUAUACUGACCUUUCGGUUGCAUAUAUAAAAUAAUAGUCAACAAUUUGGUGCGAUUGGUCGCUUGUACCUGUCAACAGUCUCAACAUCUUUGGUCGGAACGGAGUUCAGUAUGGGUAGUGCCUAAUCGCGGCACAGUAGAACUUUUGAAUGUGCAGAACUUGCAUGACAUGGC